AUGAAUUUACCGAAAUUGUCUCGUUCAGCUCGUGUAAAUACUAAUUUAGAUACAAAGAGGAAUUUCGCAAGAAUCGGCAAUAAAAAUACUCAACAAGGAAAUAGAAAUGAAAGAUCAUCUUGGUCAGAUGUAAAAAGAUUCGUAUUGAAAAAUGUAGACAAAAGGGAAAGUGCCGAAAUUGAUAAGAAACUUCAUGAAUUAUGGGUUAAAACGAAGGAGCUAACAAAUGGAGAAGAAACGACAGACCUGCUCGAUGAAUUGUCGAUCUUUCUCUUACGGCUUUUCCUUAAUCAUCGCAAUGUUCUUACAAAACAUAUUGCUCAAAUGAAAAAUUUCUUUGGAGACGUCAGUAACAAGCAGGCAAAUGACAUUCAUGCAUUAGUUUCAGCUAUAACGAGAAAUCUUGAUGAUCAUAUUAUCGAAAAACUAAAAGAGCUGGUUUCUGAGGAGGAAGAGAAUUUCAGUAGAAAGCAAAAGAUGUUUGGUCAGACAAUUAAAUACGUGUCAUCAAAUAAUUACUUCCAAGAUACCACAAUUCUAAGUGAUUUGAAUAUGGAUGCAGAGAUAACAGCACAGAAAGGAGCUCUUGAUAAUUUUUCAAUGAAAUAUGAAAAGACUAAACCUGUAGAGCCUAAAAAAGGAAAGGUUUACGACAGAUCGUGGAUAGUAAUGAAUGUUAAUGCCGAUUUAGUCGAUAUUCUUAUUGGAAUUUUAAAGUCAGGACGAUCAAAUGACGAGAUUCAGAACGAGCUAUUCGAAUUAAUGGGCUUUGAUAAAUUUGAACUCAUUUUAGAGAUUUUAGAAAAUAGAAAGGUGCUAGUGAAAAAUCUAGACAUGAUGGAAAAGAAAGAAGCAAUGAAAGAACAAGUUGUGAAAAGACAGAAUGAAGUAAAACCAGCUCCUAAUUAUUUAAUGCCUGUCAUUGUUCAAUCUGAAAAAGAAAAAGAUUUGAUGAAGUUGGCAAGAAAGGAUGAAAAGAAACUGAGGGUUUUAAAAGGGAAUGGCGAUGAGGAUGAUGAUGAGGAAAUACAGUUAGCGAAAUUGCAAUUAAAUCAAUCAAAUGCUUUGCUGAAAAUCGCUCAAAAGCAGCCAGUUAUGACUGAAAGUAGAUCAUCAAAUUGGCCAAUUCGAUAUGCACAAGUUCAACCUAAAUAUCCUUACGUUUUUGACUCGAAUAAGGAAGCAAGAGCUCAUGUUGGAUUUAUUGCUGGAAACAAGAUAAUGCUUCCUGAAGAUACUGUCCGUAAAGAUACACAAAUGUACGAAGAAGUUAUGAUUCCAGCACGAGAAGCGCCUCAUGAUUUGACAGUAGGAAAUAAUCGUAUUCAAGUUGAAGCUUUAGAUGAAAUCGGCCAAACAGCAUUUAAAGGAACAAAAGAACUGAAUCGAAUUCAAACUGUGGUUUAUCCUACAGCUUAUCAUACCAACGAAAACUUAUUAAUCUGCGCUCCAACUGGUGCUGGAAAAACAAAUGUAGCUAUGCUUACAAUCGUGAAUGUAAUUCGAGCUCAUACGGAUCAAGGAAUAAUACAUAGAGAUCAAUUUAAAAUCGUAUAUGUAGCACCAAUGAAAGCGCUUGCCGCAGAAAUGACAGACAACUUCUCAAAACGUCUUAAGCCUUUAGGAAUUCUUGUAAGAGAAUUAACGGGUGAUAUGCAAUUAACAAAAACAGAAAUGCAAGCAACACAGAUUCUUGUGACGACACCAGAAAAGUGGGAUGUAGUAACAAGAAAAGGUGCAGGAGAUGCAUCUAUGAUUAGCUUAGUGAAAUUAUUAAUUAUUGAUGAAGUGCAUUUAUUACAUGGAGAACGUGGACCUGUUGUUGAAGCUUUAGUUGCUCGUACUUUGCGUCUUGUUGAAUCAUCACAAUCAAUGAUUAGAAUUGUCGGACUUUCAGCGACACUUCCCAAUUAUAUUGAUGUUGCCAGAUUUCUUAGAGUAAAUCCAGCAAUUGGAUUAUUUUAUUUCGAUUCACGUUUCCGUCCAAUUCCUUUAUCACAGACAUUUAUUGGAGUGAAAUCAUUAAAAACAUUACAGGCAAUGAAUGAUAUGAAUACAAUAUGUUAUGAAAAAUGUCUAGAACAGUUAAGGAAUGGCAAGCAAGUUAUGGUAUUUGUGCAUGCGAGAAAUGCGACGACAAGAACUGCACUUACGUUGAGAGAAAUGGCACAACAAAAAGGUCAUACACAAAUCUUCAGUUGUGAAAAAAGUUUAGAGUUUUCGAAUGCCUUAAAAAUGAUAAGUAAAAGUCGGAAUAAGCAACUUGUCGAUUUGUUCCAACACGGAUUUGGAUUUCAUCAUGCUGGCAUGUUGAGACAAGAUCGUUCGAUGGUCGAAAAAUUGUUUGGUGAUGGAUUAAUCAAGGUUUUAGUAACAACAGCCACAUUAGCAUGGGGAGUUAAUCUUCCAGCGCAUGCAGUAAUCAUUAAAGGCACUGAAAUUUAUGAUUCAAAACAUGGAUCAUUUGUUGAUCUUGGAAUUCUAGAUGUUUUACAAAUUUUUGGACGUGCUGGUCGUCCACAAUUUGACAAAAGUGGUCUUGGUAUAAUUAUUACCAACUUUGAUAAGCUCAAUCAUUAUUUGUCUUUAUUGACCAAUCAAUUUCCAAUCGAGUCUAAUUUUCCACAAUGUCUUGCUGACAAUUUAAAUGCAGAAAUUUCUCUUGGAACGAUUUCAAAUAUCCAGGAAGCUAUUGAAUGGCUUAGUUACACUUAUUUGUUUGUUAGAAUGAGAAUAAAUCCACAAGUUUAUGGAUUAAACUACACAGAUGUUGAGGAAGAUCCAACAUUAGUUAUGAAAAGAAGACAAUACAUUCAUGAAGCAGCAAUGGCAUUAGAUAAGGCAAAAAUGAUUCGUUAUAACGAACGUACUGAGGAUUUGAACAUUACAGAUUUAGGAAGAACAGCUAGUCAUUUCUACAUUAAAUAUGAUACAGUCGAAGUUUUCAAUGAAAUGCUUCGUCCAAUAAUGAAUGAAGGAGAAGUUCUUAACAUGAUGGCAAAUGCUCAUGAGUUUCAACAGCUUAAAGUAAGAGAUGAUGAAAUGGAUGAAUUAGAUGAUUUGAAUCGGGAGUCGUGUGAAGUACCUGUAAAAGGAGGAAGUGAAAAUUUACACGGAAAAGUCAAUAUUCUUAUGCAGACAUACCUUUCUCGAGGUUUUGUCAAAUCAUUCUCCCUUAUUAGUGACUUGAGUUAUAUUAAUCAAAAUGCUGUGCGAAUUGCGAGAGGCUUAUUUCAAAUAAUUUUACGGAACAAUAAUGCAAUUUUAGCUGGACGUCUUUUAACUAUGUCAAAAAUGUUUGAACGUCAAAUGUGGGACUACUAUACACCUAUGAGGCAAUUUGUGACGAUUCCUUUUGAUGUGAUUGAUAAGAUUGAAAAUCGUGGACUAAGUAUUGAUACAUUACGUGAUAUGGAUUCUAAGGAAAUAUCUGACAUGUUACGAAAUCAUCGUCAUGGAGAAUUAGUCAAAAGAUGCGCUCACGAAUUUCCAAUGUUAAAAAUCGAGGCUAACUUACAGCCAAUCACCAGAACUGUUUUACGUAUUCGAACAUACAUUACUGCUGAUUUCAAAUGGAACGACCGAAUUCACGGGAAGCAUGCUGAAUCAUUUUGGAUAUGGAUUGAAGACCCUGAAAAUAAUUACAUCUAUCAUUCUGAAUAUUUUCAAGUUACAAAGAAACAAGUCAUCACACAAGAUCCACAAGAAUUAAUUAUGACAAUUCCAUUGAAAGAUCCACUGCCUCCACAAUAUAUAAUACGUGCAAUAAGUGAUACGUGGCUUGGUUCCUCAACCAGUGAAGCAUUGAGUUUUAAACAUUUAAUUUUGCCUGAAACUCAUCCACCACAUACAGAAUUACUUCCUUUACAACCUUUGCCUCUUAGCGUAUUACAUGAACCCCAAUUUGAACAGCUUUACAACUUUACACAUUUCAAUCCCAUACAAACACAGAUCUUUCAUUGUCUUUAUCAUACAGACAACAAUGUAUUACUUGGUGCUCCAACUGGCUCUGGAAAGACAAUAGCUGCAGAAGUUGCAAUGUUUCGAGUGUUUAAGCAAAACCCAAAAGCUAAAAUUGUCUAUAUUGCACCAUUAAAAGCCUUGGUCAAAGAAAGAAUUGACGAUUGGAACAAACGACUUGGUGAGAAAUUAGGUAAAAUAGUUGUUGAAUUAACUGGUGAUGUCACGCCUGAUGCUAGACUCAUUCGAAAUUCACAUGUUAUUGUAACUACUCCUGAAAAGUGGGAUGGAAUUUCACGAUCCUGGCAGACACGUGAAUAUGUGAGAGAUGUAGCACUUAUUGUGAUUGAUGAAAUCCAUUUGCUCGGUGAAGAUCGUGGACCUGUUUUGGAAGUUAUUGUGUCACGUACAAAUUUCAUUAGUUCUCAUACAUCAAAGAAAAUAAGAAUUAUUGGAUUAUCGACAGCACUAGCAAAUGCUAAAGAUUUAGCAAACUGGCUUGAAAUUAAACAAAUGGGUCUUUAUAAUUUCAAACCAUCGGUUCGUCCAGUUCCACUUUCAGUUCAUAUUAGUGGAUUUCCAGGCAAACAUUACUGUCCAAGAAUGGCAACAAUGAAUCGUCCAGUUUUUCAAGCUAUUCGUCAAUAUUCUCCUUGCACACCAGCUUUAAUCUUUGUAUCUUCACGUCGACAAACUCGUUUAACUGCAUUAGAUUUGAUUGCAUUUCUUGCUGGCGAAGACAAUCCAAAGCAAUUUUUACAUCUUCCUGAAGACGAAAUGGAACAAAUUUUAUCAGGAAUUAAGGAUAACAACUUGAAAUUGACAUUAGCUUUUGGUAUAGGACUUCAUCAUGCUGGUUUACAGGAGAAAGAUAGGAAAGCAUGUGAAGAAUUGUUCCUUAAUCGAAAGAUUCAGAUUCUCAUUGCAACUUCUACUUUAGCUUGGGGCGUAAAUCUUCCAGCACAUUUAGUCGUAAUCAAAGGAACUGAAUUUUAUGACAAAAAAAUCAAUAGAUAUGUAGACAUGCCAAUUACUGAUGUUCUUCAAAUGAUGGGACGAGCUGGUCGCCCACAAUUUGGAAAUGAAGGAAUUGCAUGCGUGUUUGUUCAUGACGUCAAGAAGAAUUUCUACAAAAAGUUCCUCUACGAUCCAUUCCCUGUCGAGUCAAGCUUACUAGCUGUAUUACCUGAUCACAUAAAUGCUGAGAUUGUCGCUGGAACUGUACAAACAAAACAAGGAAUUUUGGACUAUUUAACAUGGACAUACUUCUUUAGGCGUAUUUUGAAGAAUCCAAGUUACUAUAAAAUGGAAGGAAUUGAACAACAAGAUGUCAAUCGCUUUUUAACAGAAUUAAUUCAAAGUGUCCUUGAUACUUUACAAGAUGCAGGAUGUAUCGAAAUUGACGAAGACAAUCGCUCUGUUUAUCCAACAAGCACUGGAAGGAUCUCAUCUUAUUAUUAUUUGAGUCACAAAACAAUGAAGCAUUUUUUCAAUACAUUAAACUACUCAUCAACAGAUGAGAAUGUCUUGAGAAUCAUGUGUGAUGCCUAUGAAUUUGUGGAACAGCCAGUGAGACAUAAUGAGGAUAAAUAUAAUGAGGAAUUAGCAAAAAUGUGUCGACUCAAAGUUGAUCCAUUGACUUAUGACAAUCCACAUACUAAAACGUUUCUACUCAUGCAAGCUCACUUCUCUCAUCUUCCACUUCCCAAUACGGAUUUCGCUACUGACACCAAAUCAGUCUUGGAUCAAUCAAUUCGUAUUUUGCAAGCUAUGGUCGAUUAUGUCGCUGAAAAUGGAUGGCUGGCAACGACACUGAGAAUUCAAAUGCUAAUGCAAUGUGUUAUUCAAGCUCGAUGGCAAGAUGAUCACAUUGCUUUGUGCCUACCACAUGUCAAUGAACAGAACUGCCAUGUUUUUGACAAAAUUAAAAUCGACUAUCCAAUAUUGACUCUACCUCUACUGAAAGAAAAAUGCAUCAAGAACUACGAAGCAUUGGCUGGACCGUUGAGAAAGGAAUUUGAGGAACCGCAAAUUGAACAAAUUUAUAAAGUAAUUAAAGAUCUGCCAACGAUUAAUAUUGAGAUGAAAAUUCGAGGACCAUUAAAAAAAGAAACAGAAGUUGAUCAAUUAGUUGCCCAACCAUCAAAUAGAAAUCAAUGGAUUCAAAUUCAUGCCGAUGAAGAAUAUACGCUAAUUGUGAGUCUUCAUAGAUUAGGAAUUAGAAGUUCCAACUAUAUUUAUUGUCGAUUCCCAAAACCAAAAGAUGAGAAUUGGUUCCUAACGAUCGGUAAUCAAGAAAAUGGAGAACUAAUUGGGCUGAAACGAGUAAACUAUAAAUCAGCUAGAAGUUCACAUCAUCUUGUUCUCAGUCCAUUAUCUAACAUAGGACGUGUUAUUUAUACUGUCUAUUUUAUUUCUGACGGUUAUAUUGGAUUAGAUCAGCAAUAUAAUGUUCAAUUAGAAGUCAUUGAACCAUUGAAAAAGUAUGCUGAUAUGCCAAUAUAUGUUAGUGAUUAUACCAAGGAUGUAUAA